AUGGCGUCUCCAGCCACGGUUCCCUUCACCUCAGUCGACACCACCACGCGGCAGCCAGCUAAGGAUGAGGUCGAGUCGCCGAGCAUCUCGAGCACUAAUGCGCUUGCCCGCUACGAAUAUGAGGCGGGCCAUGGCAAUGCCACAACCGGCACCAAGAUCCUAAUGGUGGAGUGGGAGGACGACGACACAACGCGGGGAGUGCGGGGAGACUGGCACAUAUCGUGGGACGGCAGCACGCGUGUUCUGCCCGCCAACGACCAGCCUGCCAACGACGUGAACCGCAUGUAUUUCCUGCUGCCCCCGGGUGUCGCAGUACCUACAAGCGUUACACUCACGCUACGACCACAAGACGCUAGUAUAUCGCCUGUGGUCUGGCAUACAAAUCCUCUGCCCGCCUUGUUCCCUCCUGAAUUAGGAGCAUCCGCGCGUGCAGCGGGCAAGAAGGGCGUCCUGCACACUAUUUGGGCCAAGAAGAGGUUGCAGGUGCUGCAGAAAGAAAUCGAAGCCGAAUCGCGGAACAAUGUCGAAGGCGUUGGUCUUCUCAUGGUGGUGCAGGAAAAGGAAUGGAUCGAAUCGACUUUUGGUGUAAAUGCCAAACCAGCUGGUCUCAGCAUCUCGCUGGGAGAGGCCACGUUAGCCCCAAUGAAGGGCCCAGCUAGUCCACGAUCACCAGGCGGAGGGCGGCUGAUGGACAAGCUGGCUGGCCUGCGACUAGGUACGAGCGACAAAGACCUCACACCCACCAGCAGCGCGCCAGGCUUCUCAAAUCCUCUCUCGCCCGAGUCAUCGGAUAUCGCUAUUAGUUCAUUUUCCGUGUUCAAAGGAGCAAAUCCAUCGGCACUUGCUGCGAAACCUCCACAGCAACCACAGUCUCAACCAGCCGCGCCGCCUCGCAAGGUCGCUGCACAAGCCCCUCCGCAGUUCAUUACAGAACAGCAAGGCGCUGGUAUGAUGGGCUCUUUGAACGCUCUAUCUAGCCCUGCGCCUGUCUUUCAAUCGCGAGGCUCAUCUGGACCUGCUGACGAGGACGACAAGGACGAUGGGCUCUUCGCCCUACCUAUAAGCCAGCCUUACCGACCUUGGAAGGCGCUAGAGGGCAUCGCUGACGAAAGUUCCCGACGCGAACUCGGGCGCAACUUCCACGGUACGAGUCGCAAAGCUCUCAACACCUACACCCAUCCGUCCAUCCUCCUCCGUCGCACUCCACACUCCUUCGACCACGAGACACGUACCGCUACCACAAAGUCGACGCGCGACAGAAUGUUGACCACCGGACGCGGCAGCAUUGCCCAGAUCCACUACACUGGAGAAGAAGCUGCGGGUGAGAUCAACAAGCUCCUCAGCGCAGUCGUAGAGAACGAAGAUGACUUCGAAAGAUGGGAGGCGCUCGUCACUCGUGCCUCUGACCUCGAGGGUGGCGUCACCCGCAAUUCCAGCCCGUCCGCCAUCGAACUCGUGCGCAACGUAUACGACUGCUUUCUGACCAAGUUCCCACUGUUCUUCGGAUACUGGAAAAAGUAUGCUGAUCUCGAGUUCUCUAUCGGCGGCACCGAGACUGCUGAGAUGGUCUACGAGCGUGGCGUCUCGUGCAUCACACCCUCAGUAGACCUGUGGGCCAACUACUGCACCUUCAAGAUGGACACAUCGCACGACAACGACAUUAUCCGAGAUUUAUUCGAGCGCGGUGCCCAUUUUGUUGGUCUCGACUUCCAGAGCCACCCAUUCUGGGACAAGUAUAUCGAGUUCGAAGAGCGCAUCGGAGAGCCAACCAAUGUCUCCAAGAUCUACAGCCGCGUGCUACAUCUUCCCAUCUAUCAGUUCGCCCGAUACUACGAAAAGUUCUCCGUCCUGCUCAACAACCGACCAGUCGAUGAGUUGGUCGAUCCCGAUACCCUUGAGACGAUGAAGAACGCCGUUGAGCUGGAGAACCAGGGACAGCCCGAGAAGCCAGUGCUUGAGGUGGAGCGACAACUGCGUACCAAGAUUCACGAGUACUACUACGCCGAAUACACAAAGACGCAACAGGACGUCACGAACCGUUGGACCUUUGAACAAACCAUCAAGAGGGCUUACUUCCAUGUCACAGAGCUUGAAGAUGCGGAGCUCGAAAACUGGCGAAAGUAUCUGGAGUACGAGGAGAAGCAAGGCGACUUCGAGCGCACCUCCUUCCUGUACGAGCGCUGUCUUGUUGCUUGCGCGCUCUACGACGAGUUCUGGCUACGAUAUGCCCGCUGGAUGUUCUCGCAGGGCAAAGAGGAGAAUGCGAGGAUCAUCUACAUGCGAGCCAGUUGCAUAUUCGUGCCUAUCUCGGCCCCUGCGAUACGCCUGAACUGGGCUCGCUUUGAAGAAAAGCUUGGUCGUAUCUCUGUCGCUCGCGAUAUCUACUUGUCCAUGCUGGACGAGGCCCCCGAGCACACCGAGACCCUCAUUGCUCUGGCGGGUGUAGAGCGACGCCACGAAGGCAACGACGCUGCGGUCCGUCUUUUGGAGGAGCACAUUGGCCGUGCAAACAACCACAUCGGUGGCAUAUUGUCUGCCGAGCAGGCGCGUAUACUCUGGCAAUGCAAGGGCAGUGUCGACGAGGCCCGCCAAGUGUUCAAGGACAAGCACGAACGAUUCCCAGACUCGCGCGAGUUCUGGGUCAAGUACCUUGAGUUUGAAGUCGCUCAACCCUCGCUCGAUCAGGAAGAGGCUCAUACUCGGAUAAAGGCAGUUCACGAGCUCAUGCGCACUAAAGGACGCUUCUCACCAGACGUCUCCAAGGAACUCUCGCACUACUACAUGGCUUAUCUUCUGGAUCGUGGAGGCAAGGGCGCAGCCGAGGAGUACAUGCAGCUGGAUAAGGAUGUCAACGGUGCAAAGCAGAUCGAAGACGUCGCUGCAGCUCCUGUUGCGCCUUCGAAGCCUAGUCACCGAACCCGCUUCUAG